GUCCCAUGGCCACGAAUAAUCUGAGGGAACAGCUGGAAUAUUGAUAAGGGGGGAAAACGGAAAUCAAAUGAAAAGUAGAGGGCAGAGAAGCAAGGGAAAGGAAAGCAAAGCACGUCCUGGAGCUGCGAGCAGCACAGAAGCCCCCUGAGGAAAUGCCUGCUUGAUGCAGCCUGUCUGGAUGGGCUGGGAAUUUUAACUUCAGCGCUGCUUUGGAUCCAACAAGUUUAAAUCUCUCUUCUCCCCGCAAAACUGCAGCGGCAAGGGCAGUGCUCCACAGCUGCUGGGGAGUUGGGCUUUGCUCUCAUCCUGGAUCUUUACAAACUGCUCUGCCACUGGCUGAGGGGAAAGGGUCUAAAAGGUCAAAUUUAGGACCUUUAAAUAUAUCUAAUAAGCAAGUAAGGAUGUUUCAGACUGUACCAGACACUUCGUCUUACGUCAAGGAGGCUCUGUCGGUGGUGAGCGACGACCAGUCCCUGUUCGACCCCACGUACGGCGCGGCCGCGCAGCUCCCCAAGGACAUGACGGCCUCCGGCAGCCCCGACUUCGGGCAGCCCCACAAGAUCAACCCCCUGCCCCCCCAGCAGGAGUGGAUCAACCAGCCCGUCAGGGUCAGUGUCAAGCGGGAGUAUGACCACAUGAACGGAUCCAGGGAGUCCCCCGUGGACUGCAGUGUGAGCAAGUGUGGCAAGCUGGUGGGAGCAGGCUCCGAGUCCACCCCCAUGAGCUACAGCACGUACAUGGAUGAGAAGAACGGGCCCCCCCCCAACAUGACCACCAACGAGAGGAGAGUCAUCGUCCCUGCAGACCCCACCCUCUGGACCCAGGACCACGUGCGCCAGUGGCUGGAAUGGGCUAUCAAGGAGUACGGCUUGAUGGAGAUCGACACCUCCAUCUUCCAGAACAUGGAUGGCAAAGAGCUCUGCAAGAUGAACAAGGACGACUUCCUGCGCACCACCUCCCCCUACAACACGGAAAUUCUGCUCUCUCACCUCAGUUACCUCAGGGAAAGUAGCUCACUGCUGGUCUACAACACUCCAUCCCACACAGAUUCCUCACGUCUUGCCACCAAAGAAGAUCCCUCCUAUGAUGCAGUCAGGAGAGCAGGAUGGGGCAGUAAUGGGAAUUCUGGCCUCUCCAAAAGCCCUCCUGUUGCAGGGACACAAAACGUGAAUAAGACAACGGAGCAGCAGCGGCCCCAGCCAGAUCCCUACCAAAUCCUGGGCCCCACCAGCAGCCGUCUUGCCAAUCCAGGCAGCGGGCAGAUCCAGCUGUGGCAGUUCCUGCUGGAGCUGCUGUCGGACAGCUCCAACGCCAGCUGCAUCACCUGGGAGGGCACCAACGGCGAGUUCAAGAUGACGGACCCCGACGAGGUGGCGCGGCGCUGGGGCGAGAGGAAGAGCAAGCCCAACAUGAACUACGACAAGCUGAGCCGGGCGCUGCGCUACUACUACGACAAGAACAUUAUGACCAAGGUGCACGGCAAGCGCUACGCCUACAAAUUUGACUUUCACGGCAUCGCCCAGGCCCUGCAGCCCCACCCCACCGAGUCCUCCAUGUACAAGUACCCGUCGGAUCUGUCCUACAUGCCGUCCUACCAUGCCCACCAGCAGAAGGUGAACUUUGUGCCCCCACACCCCUCCUCCAUGCCUGUCACAUCAUCCAGUUUCUUUGGAGCGGCCUCCCCCUAUUGGACCUCCCCUGCAGGAAGCAUUUACCCCAACCCCAGCGUGCCUCGCCACCCCAACGCCCACGUCACGCCACACUUGGGCAGCUAUUACUAAAAUGCUUUGAUCUGCCAGUGGCCUUGAGCAGUCUGGUUGGACUUUUUAUUACUCCUGGGAUUUUGAUGGUUUUUGGGGGGACCCUUAAUGGAUAAUUGUGGCCUUUCUGGGGAAGAAUUUAAACUGGAUAUUUGUUAUUCCUGGACCAAACCUUUUACUUUUGUAACUUUGACUCUUGUGUCUUGAACUGAGAGAUGGAAGCUCCUGUGGGCCAGUACUCUGCAUUUUCUUUGGGGUUUAAGGCUUGCGUCCUCUGUAGGAAGUGACAAUGAAGAUGGUUCACCAUUCCCUGGAAGGAUUAUUAGCUUUUGGAUGAGAGGAAUUUUUAAGGAUUCAAAGGCUUUUGACAAGGCAUAGAUGAAGCAGUGGGUCGUAGGAGAAGAUGACCACGGUGGGUUUUCUCUCACUGGCCAUUUGACCAUUCAGUGGAGGACGUUGGGCUGCAGGGGACCACAACUGGAAUCUUAGCUCUAAGGCAGAGGAGUAUUUUCACCCAACUGGAAAUUAAAUAUAUAUAUAUA